AUGGCUUCCAGGAAACGUGCAGCCACUCCUGCUAGGAGAAAUGCGAAGCGUGUUGAUGAUCGAGAAGCAGUUGAAGUUCUUUGCCGGCUGCGGCCUUACGACGGGACCGAUGGUUGUACAUCUAUAUUAGAUUGUGAACACGUGAUGCUUACUCCACCAACAUCUGCGUGUCAGAGGAAUGGGCAAAGUCCACAACAAACUACUUAUAAAUUUUCCUACGUCUUUGACGAAAGUGAUGAUCAAAUGGAAGUUUUUCAAAAAGCUGGACUAGAUCUAGUAGAAAAUUUGAUUCGUGGAAGGAAUUCGUUGUUGUUCACUUAUGGUGUUACCGGUAGUGGAAAGACAUACACUAUGAACGGUGGCAACAAUGAUGAAACAGCUGGGGUCCUGCCCCGUAUUCUUGAAGUUAUUUUCAAAUCUCUUCCUAAUCGAGCGGACAAAUGUGUUUUUGCUCCAGACGGUCGGAAUGGGUUUGAAGUCCGCGAGGAAUUUGAUGCGGCUUUAGCGCGAAGAAGAGUUGGCGUUCAAAAUGAAAAUAGGCCGAACGAAGCAAAAUUAUUUAGAGGACAUAAAAGAGUUCAUGGCGCGAAUAUGGAUAUGUUGUGUGCCAUCUUUGUCUCAUAUAUCGAAGUUUAUAAUGAUGUCUGUUAUGAUCUGCUUGAUGAUUUGAUUACCAACCGAGAUGGGAACAGAGUAAUGGCGAGCAAGGAUUUACGCCUUGGAGUGAAUAAUAUCAUGUAUGUGGAUAAUGUAACUGAAGUAGAAGUUGAUUCUAGGGAAGAAGCAUUGGACUUGUUUUUGAAAGGUCAGGAAAAACGGCGUGUUGGCGAUACAUUAUUAAACAAACAAAGUAGUCGUAGUCAUUCAAUUUUUAACAUACGCAUGGUUGCUGCUCCGUCUCGUGCAGAUCUUGAUUAUCCAGAAAGCGACCCCAACCGGAUUCAUGUCAGUCAGCUGUCAUUAGUGGAUUUAGCGGGGUCAGAAAGGAGUAAGAGAACGCGAAAUGAAGGAGUUCGUUUGGUGGAGUCUGGCAAGAUCAAUCAAAGUUUAUUGGUCCUCAGGCAGUGUUUUGAAAAAUUACGUGAAAAUCAGCGCGGUGUUGGUGCCCAAUCUCAGGUUCCAUAUAGGGAGUCGAAAAUUACACAUCUUUUCAAGAACUUUUUUGAAGGUUCCGGAAAAGUCCGGAUGAUCAUUUGUGUUAACCCAAAGCCGGAGGAUUAUGCAGAAAAUUUGGGGGUAAUGAGCUUUGCUGAACUUUCUCAGAGCAUUGAAGUGGUAACUAACGAUGGAUUUGUGAUGCCUGUAACAGAUGGUUUUCCAAUUAGUCGAAGUGAGUACAGGAAAUGGACGAAUGAAAUUGAGCCGUAUAUUGCGAAACCGGCAUCCAUGUCACUUUUUCCUGCUCCUCCAUCUUUGGAACUUUCUGGUCCAAAUGAUGUUGCUGCAAUUGCCAGAAUUCGAACUCAUUACCAAAAUGUUUUGCAAAUCAGGGCUAGUUUGCAAGAACAAUUGGAAGAGAAAGAAAAGAGUUUCGAGGCUAUGUUACGCAGAGCAUUAUGUGUAGUUGAUGUACUUACACUUCGGCUGAAGGAAGUGGAAGAUGAAAGGGACGAGAUGGAUCGUGAACUUUGUAGAGUUACCGGUCAGCUGAGAAAGUCUAAACGGGAAAAUCAGGCCCUCAGUAAGCGUAUCGCUCGUUACGAAGCUGAAGAGAAUGAGAAAGCUAAUGUGGAGGAAGAACAGAGAAGAAGGGAGGAGCUUCGCCAGGAAAAGUUGCAAAAAAGCGAAAAAACCUUGCACCAGAUUAGGGAAUUGUUUGAAAAUCCGCCUCCGAGAGCUCGAGGAAAGCGUACAAUCAGCGCUGAAAGCGUGAACACGAUGGGGUGUUCAACUUCUAACGAAAAUAUUCCUCAUUCAGCGAUAAAACCAUCUCUAAAAAAUGUAGCAAUGGCGACUCCUGGUAGAAAUAUCUAUCCUCCUUUAAAUGAACAAGAAGGUUGUAGUCACGUUUCAAGGCGUAUGGGACCGAAUGUGGCUGCGCGUACUGGCUUCUACAAUAGUCGUCACACUCGCCGUUCAAAAAGUGCAAAUAGCCGAGUUAUUGACCACCAGCCCAGAAAUCGUAUCCCUGAGGGAAGGUAUUUUAAAGCCGAUCUACCCCGUGAGACAAAGUCGACAACAAAAGUUGAGAUGGCAGACUUGAAAAAGAGUUGUGAAUACGUCUUGACUCAUCAGGAAGUGGACACUGAGGGCAACCUCACAACGCAACUAGUGAAGGGAAAAUGCAUUCCAACUGCUGGAGGUGGCACAGCUGUCCAGUUUACCGAUGUAGAACGUCUUUCUCAGGAGUCGCCUUCGAAUAAACCUUAG